ACUCCAAGGGAAUGUGACUGCCGGCUUUAUUUUUCAGUCUGUAAAGACUACAUUUCCCGUUUACCUACUGUACAGCGGUACAUGAAGCCCAGCAGCUCUAACAUUUGCUAUCCGCAAUCUCAUUCACUGAGUAGCCGGCUCGGGGACAACAACAGCCUACCUCCUCUUGUUCUGUGAGUCCGCACUACUAGGACACAGUCAUGCAGGGAUCCAACCAUCGGACCUGAGACAGUGAUAAAUAACGAAGAGGUGUAAAAUCACACCCCGAGAAAACAGCAGGGGCAUUCACAGCGUUAUUGUUCUGAGAAACAAAAAAGAAAACGCUUAAAAAGACGACCGAAAGCCGUUAUGUAUAUAUCAGCGGUGUGAACCAACCAUCCGUGACUUUUUCAUGCUUUUCCUUCUUGGCUUGUCCUCUUCUGGAAAGCAAUUGAGAGCAAUUCAGCUCUUCAAGGAGACAUGGAGCGCUUUAAUGUACGAUAUCAGCGAAUAAGAAUUAAAGGGACAUGAAAAGGUAUUGUCGUCGGCUCCUUUUUCUGGUGUAGAGCGAAUUAGUGGGGGUUUACGUAUCAGAUGGAGUUCACAAAUGGAAAUAAGAACAUACUCCUCAUCAAGAGGAAAUGGAGAUAAAUGAUGCAGUUAGAGACCCUCACUUUUGUUUAUUUUUUUGCAGGGUCCCACACUUAUUUUAAUUAACAGACGUAAUAUAUGCUACCACUGGUGGUAGUUAUUUAAUUCUAUGGUCUGUUUUGAGCCAUUACAGAUUUAGUCUGUAACAAAAUAUAAUCUGCUUCAUAAUGGCUUCAUCUGAUAAUGAAGAGAAUGGAGGCGACUUAUCAGAUGGUCUUGAUACACAUGAACUUCAGUAUGGAGACCCAGGAAACUGCUUCAAAUCCAAAAGUUUGCCCAUCCUCAACGGCUCUUGCGGGCUGAGCAGCGAGGACCUGCCGUCAAAAUUAAUAAACACAUCGCAGACGUCGGUACUGGUUGACCAGGGCACUUUGCUCAGCGACCUUCAGCAGAAAGCUGAUGCGUGCCACUCAGGUUCUCCUGCCAGGGCCGAAUUCUCAGCCUCCAAGUCCAGCAGCGUUGGAGGGAACAGCGUCGCUAAGGUGGAGUAUAGCAAUGUCAAGAACGAGAAACGAGGUUUUUCCCCUUCGAAAUUGAUCCGCUUUCCUGGUAAGAAGUACAUAGGCGUCAUUCUUUCAGACUCCCGGUGUUUCUUGUUCUGCAUGUGCUAUCUGACUUUCAUCCAGUCCCUCAUGGUGUCUGGCUACCUGAGCAGUGUUAUCACCACCAUAGAGAAGAGGUACAGCUUGAGGAGCUCGGAGUCCGGGCUGCUGGUGAGCUGUUUCGACAUUGGCAGCCUGCUGGUGGUGGUCUUCAUCAGCUAUUUCGGCGGCCGGGGCCAGAGGCCCCGCUGGCUGGCGGUGGGGGGCGUGCUCAUCGCCGUGGGGGCGGCCCUCUUCUCCCUGCCCCACUUCAUCUCCCCCCCCUACCAAAUUCAAGAGGUGAACUCCUCCACCAGCAACGAGGGCCUGUGCACCAGCCCCAACGGCACGGGCAGGGAUCUUCUGGACUCGGGCGCCUGCCCCCGGGAGCAAGCGGGCAACGACCACUCCCUGUACGUGGCGCUCUUCAUCUGCGCCCAGAUUUUGGUGGGGAUGGGCUCCACGCCCAUCUACACCCUCGGGCCCACCUACCUGGAUGACAACGUCAAGAAGGAGAACGCGUCCCUCUAUCUGGCAAUCAUGUACGUCAUGGGGGCUCUUGGUCCGGCAGCAGGCUACCUGCUAGGAGGAGUCCUGAUUGGGUUCUACGUUGACCCAAAAACCAUCGUCAACAUCGAUCAAAGUGACCCACGCUUUGUCGGCAACUGGUGGAGCGGCUUCCUGCUCUGUGCCAUGGCCAUGCUCCUGGUGAUCUUCCCCAUGUUCACCUUCCCCAAGAAACUGCCUCCUCGGCACAGGAGGAAGAAGAAGAAGAAGAAGAAAAUGAGCACGGAUGACAUCUCCAGUGACGACGAUGUCAUGAAGGAGAAAUCCAGCAGCAAGGGUCAGACGGUCACCUCCUCCAUGGGCUUUGGGAAAGAUAUCAAAGACCUACCCAGAGCUGCUGUCAGGAUCUUAAGCAAUAUGACAUUCCUAUUUGUGAGCUUGUCAUACACAGCAGAGAGUGCCAUCGUCACUGCCUUUAUAACCUUCAUUCCCAAGUUCAUCGAGUCUCAGUUUGGCAUUCCAGCAUCCAAUGCAAGCAUUUACACUGGUGUUAUCAUAGUGCCCAGUGCCGGCGUUGGCAUUGUACUCGGAGGCUACAUCAUCAAAAAACUGAAGCUCAGUGCAAGAGAGUCGGCGAAACUGGCCAUGAUAUGCAGUGGUGUGUCCCUGCUGUGCUUUUCCACACUGUUCAUCGUGGGCUGUGAAAGCAUUAACCUCGGAGGCAUCAAUAUACCUUACACUACAGGUCCCACAUUAACCAUGGCGCACAGAAACCUGACAGGCAGCUGCAACGUGAACUGUGGGUGUAAAAUCCAUGAGUAUGCCCCUGUCUGUGGGUCAGAUGGGAUUACAUACUUCAACCCAUGCCUGGCUGGGUGCAGCGGCGUGGGAAACGACAGCGCAGGGAUCAGGAACUACACAGACUGCGCUUGUGUGCAGAGCAGGCAGGUCAUCACUCCCCCCACCGCGGGGCAGCGCAGCCAGCUGCAGCUGGUCAUCGUGAAGACCUACCUGAACGAGAACGGCUAUGCUGUGUCGGGGAAGUGUGAUCGCACCUGCAACACGCUCAUCCCCUUCCUCAUAUUCCUCUUCAUCGUCACUCUCAUUACUGCUUGUGCGCAGCCGUCAGCAAUCAUUGUAACACUCAGGUCAGUAGAUGAGCAGGAGAGACCAUUUGCACUGGGAAUGCAGUUUGUUCUUCUAAGAACUCUUGCUUACAUUCCGACGCCCAUUUACUUCGGCGCGGUCAUCGACACCACCUGCAUGCUCUGGCAGCAGGACUGCGGCGUGCACGGCUCCUGCUGGGAGUACGACGUCACCUCCUUCCGCUUCGUCUACUUCGGGCUGGCGGCCAGCCUCAAGUUCGUGGGAUUCGUCUUCAUCUUCCUGACGUGGUACUCCAUCAAGUGCAAGGAGGACAGGCUGCAGAGGUGGAGGCCCCGGGCUUUGCCGGUCACUCACACCAGUCAUACGCUGAGCAGUAUUGAGACAGGACAUCCAUUAACACACGCGCGGACACUCCACACCGAUCGAGGGCUGGAUACCUCACAACAAUGAACGUGACUUCGCUUUCUGGUUUUCUCUUCCUAUCCUUUUUGAGUUUUUUUUUGGGGGGGGGGUUUGUUUAUUGCGGUUGUGAGUAGUGCGCUUUUUUUUUUAAAACAAAACAUCUUUUUCCUUCUUGGAGUGAAACUAGAGGCGAGAAUCUGUAACCCCGUAGUCACAUAUUGUGCGCCUAUCCUUAAAGCCUAACUAGACAUUUUGUUUCCAAAUAAAAAAUGUACCUGUACUUAGAAGCUAUAUAAUGUGGUGCUACGUGGAAAAUUUGCGUUCCUACAUAUUCAUCCGUAGAUUUUGUAGUACAUAUCACCAUAAAACGAACACAAUUGAAUUAAGCUAAGGUGAGAACACAGCUCCUUAGCAAGCACAAAUGAAAAUAUGUACUAUGCAAUUUAAUUUUCUUGUACCCUCAAAAUUUCAAUUUUUCCUUCUAGUCUCAACUUUGCUGAAUUGCACCCAUUUCUGUGUUGCUAACCCACUCCUUUUGAAGUUCUGUCUGAUAUUCUUUUUUUAGUUAGCACAGGUACAGAGUAUUUGUAGUUAUUUUUAAAAACCCCUUUCCUCCGUUUCCAGUUCUGGGGACUUCAGUGACUUGGAAUGCACUGGGCUGUUCAUUCAGGGUACGAAAACUCUAUGUUUGCUCAGUUUGGACAAACAUUGUAACAGUGCCUCAAGCUCUCCAGGCUAACACAGCAUAUGUUAGCAAUAUAGUCAGCUACUGAUGUUACAAGGCCAGUUAGCCACAAUAUCAAGUUUUACCUGGAAACAUAGUGUAUGGUGUCCUGAAUUAAGCAGGUAAAAAGUGUUGCAAUGAUUAUCUGUUGUUUAUUCCAAAUACAAAAAAGUGGACAGUAAAACAGUAUACUACUGUCUUUGUGGUUCCCACCAUUCUGUACUGUACAGUUAUGUAGAUAUACCAAGCAGGGACUGAAAUGUGUACAGUUUUGAGGCUGCAAUGGCAGGGAAAAUCAAAUUGGGGAAAAAAGUUUCCCCAUUACAAAACACUGCUAUUUGCUGUGAAUGAGUCAGUGUUGUCUGCUGUGCUGCUUAUUGAUGACAGGGCCCAUCCAAAAGUAUUGCUGCAGAGCCUUGUCGAUCCUAAACGAAUAAACUCCUUGGGUACCUCAUAGCUCCUCAUCACACAGGCUGGAUCUGGAGUCUUCUCCUUGUGACAUCUAUUACAGUGUUACAGGUCCAAGCUUCACAGCAGCAGAAGUGCAUACUUCCUCUGUCAGCACUAUGAAUAAUGGUAUAGUCAGUAGCCUAGCCUGUCUCCACAGGACACUGAGCAUGAGUAGUUUGCCGUCAUAGAUUUAGCUAGGUCUUAGUAUUUUCAGAAUAUUACAUACUUAAAUAAUCAAGUUCUGCUUUAAAAAAAAUACAUUUUUAAACAGUAUUUAGGAAACUUUCCAAGUCAGCAUUAGAUAACAGAAAAGUACUACUGAGCAUGGGCAGUAACUUUAAUCCCUCGAAAAGAAAAGUAGCCUGGGCUUGAAGUUGUGUACAAUAAAGUUCCGGAAACAUUUCUCUCUUCAGCGUAAAAAUCACGUCUGAAUGCCAAUGUGAAUAUAGAGUUUUAACUAAAGUCUUUAGGGUAUGAAGGAGUUUCUAUUUUUUCUGGUUUCUGGGUGGGCAAAGAAUUUCUUCAGCACUAACGUUUUAUAUAACUUAUAUAAAUAAGUGCUUAAUUAUGUGCAGUAACCAAAAAUUACAGGUUCGUCGUACUUGAAACAUUAAUUAUGUAUCUUACAGGGAACUGUUGAAACUGUGAAAUUUACGGAUUGUGACGCUGGUUAGUGAAAAUAACCAGCUAUUACUUCAGAAUCAA